AUGAUUUCAACAAUCGGCACAACAACAAUUCAAGCCACGAACGGCGGGACUCUGUCCACAACUACAGCACCAAACUCGCUAGUCAUGAAUCCUACGUCAAUGUUGGUAGAGAUGAAAAGCUUUAUUCCUUCUUCAUAUACUUUUGAAACAGAAAUCCAGAAGAUAAAGCAAGAACUUUUAACAAGUAAUUUAGACUGUAGUGCGAAAGAUGAAACAAAUGAACAGUAUCUUUAUGAAAUGGAGGACCUCAUCGACCAUUUGCCUAAACUACCUGAAAUUCAGCAGCAAAAACUAACUAUUCCUGAAUUCGACGAAAUUGAAGUCGAAGCAACUGACUCAGUAGAAAUUAAGAAAUUCAUACGAAAGGUAAAUUAUGAAUUCCUUGGUUUUCAUUGCAACCAUAAAGUUAUGGACAAAGAUUGCGACAUGGUAUAUAAGAACAUCUCUGACAUAUAUAAAUCUGGGGAGUUUAAGACAUACGAUAACUUUGUUUCAUUAGUUGCAAAAUGUGUAUGGCAGAUAAGAGAUAAAGAUAGAAGAGGUAAGGUAUGGAAUGAACAGAUAAAACCAGUAGCUUUUGAGUUAAAGAAAACCAUUGACGCCUUAGUUGUUCUAGCUGGUUUUAUUUCAAUGUAUAACGCAAAAACGAUGCCGCAAUGUUCAAAAUGUAAAGCAGCAAUAAGAAAAUAUAACUACUCAGUCAAAGAGAUAGAAAGAAUGCGAAACGACUAUGCAGACUUAAAGAAAGA